GUGGAUCACUUACUCCUGACGCUCCAAAGCCUCGGGGAGUUGGCUCUAGAUCGCCUGUCUUUGAUAAGGUCCUGGCACGCAUGUAAAUCCUUUUCCACGUCUACAAAAGUUUAUCGAGCCCUACGAAACGUCUAAAAGCGCACAUCUGCACAAAGCUGAGUUUUCAAGUGGAAGUCCGGGAUCGUUUGUAGUGGCGUACUUGCGUUUUUCUUGAUUUUUGCGCGUCUCGUUGCGGGGUAUUUCGCGGGUUGUUGCAAGGACCAGACGCUUUGUUUUUUAUGUAUCUUCCGGGACCAGGCCAGCGGUUCCUCACUUUGAAGUCCACAGUUAAACCUUGAGCCCAGUUGGUGUAGAAACAGCCCGGAGGAUUUCUACCGCCUAGCCCUGACGUCUGGAAACACUACCUGGGGAGGAAAAGAAAAAGCGCGCACACUCUCCCCAACCGCGGCUGGUUUUUAUUCUUAUUUUUGUUUAAUUUGAGCCUAUGUGGUAGGCAUUCACAGGGACGGUGAGCAGCGCCGGGGCGGUUGUGUUUGUCGGUUGGACUACUUUUAAGUUCACGUUUCCUAAUCAGGGAGGCUAUUCGGGUACAUGGAUGAGUGAAGAGGAGCUGAGAAGCUCCCCCGCUGCUUUUAGAGAGUGAGGAGGAUUAGGCUGGAGCUCAGUGGAGGCACGACGGCACUCUCACACGGCAACCGGAGCUGGAGCCAUGAGCAGGGCGCUUACCGAGCACAUCAGCAGUAGCUUCCGAGAAGAUGCUCCUCGUCCUCCGGUACCGGGGGAGGAGGGAGAGGCGUCAUGCUACACCCCCAGCAGAUCUGCCAAAAUGAGAACCCAGAGCAAGGUUAAAGAAAUCCCCGCCGUCGCCGCCGCGCCUCCCGGCUCCACACCGCGGAGGAACGAGGAUGGACUCGGGGAGCCAGAGGGCAGCGCGUCCCCGGACUCGCCCUUAGUCCGGUGGACAAAGUCUCUGCAUUUUCUCCUGGGUGACCAAGACGGUGCUCACCUCUUCAAGACCUUUUUGGAGCGGGAAAAUUGCGUGGACACUUUGGACUUUUGGUUUGCCUGCAACGGCUUCAGGCAGAUGGACUUAAAGGAUACCAAAACGUUGAGAGUUGCCAAAGUUAUUUUCAAGCGGUACAUCGAAAACAACAGUAUUGUCGCCAAGCAGCUGAAACCGGCCACCAAGACCUUCAUAAGGGAUAGUAUUAAGAAACAACAAAUCGACUCUGCCAUGUUUGACCAGGCACAGACGGAAAUUCAGUCAAACAUGGAAGAGAAUGCUUACCAGAUGUUUCUGACCUCUGACAUAUACCUCGAAUAUGUGCGCACCGGCUGCGAGAACGCAGCGUACGUGAACCACAGCGGUCUCGGUAGCCUCAAGCUGAUGUGUGGAUAUCUUCCUCCUCUGAUUGAGGAAGAAGAGUGGAGUUGCAGUGACCUAAAGGCAAAAACAUUAGGGACUGUUGUUGGACUGUCUGCGAAAACUCUGAGGGCUACUGCAACCAUCCGGACAGCAGCUGAAGUACUGGAGAACAGUUGCAGGUCCCACCGCAGAGGAGACCCUGCAAGCCCCUACUUUGUCAACUCCGGCUACAUUUUUGCCCCUGCCACCAGUGCCAAUGACAGUGAAAUCUCCAGUGAUGCCACAACGGAUGAUUCCAUGUCAAUGACGGACAGUAGUGUAGAUGGAAUUCCUCCAUACAAGCUGGGCACCAAGAAGCAGCUCCAGCGAGAGAUGCAUCGCAGUGUCAAGAUCAAUGGCCAGGUUACGCUACCCCACUUUCCUAGGACACACCGGCUGCCUAAGGAGAUGACCCCCGUAGAGCCUUCAGCCUUUGCUGCUCAGCUCAUAGCACGGCUAGAGAAGCUGAAGAGAGAGCAGGACACCAUUAGCUCACUGGAGGAGAGGCUGCAGCAGAUCCAAGAGGAGGAGGAAAAGGAGGAGAGUGGUGACCUCGCCAGCUGCACCUCCUUGCAACACCCUCUGCUCCCAUCAAGUAGUCAAUGUGAAGAAGACCCGCAGGCUAUCCUAGAUGAGCACCUAUCUCGCGUCCUGAAGACACCCGGGUGCCAGUCUCCGGGGGUGGUUCGCUACUCACCACGUUCACACUCCCCGGAUCGGACAGGCGCCGUAGUGUCCUCUGGCCAUGGGCCUUUCUUCAGUGGUUAUCCCGGGACCACCAAGGUUUUGUUGACAGGCAGGCAGUCCACAAAGCACAUCCACCACCACUAUAUCCACCAUCACCACGCUGGGCCCAAGACCAAGGAGCAGAUUGAGGCCGAGGCGGCCCAGCGUGUGCAGUGCCUCUGCCCUCCAGGGGGUGCCAGUUACUCUGACUUAACCCCUGCUCGCUGCAGCACUUUGUCCAGGCGGCCGGUCAAGGCCACCGAUGAGGGCCUUUCUCCGCUAUGCCUUCCCCUAGAUGCUACUGAUCGCUCUCAGAAUGUUUGGCAGUGGAUCCUCGAGAGUGAGAGGAAGGGCAAGCAUAAGCCACACAGCACUCAAAGCCUGAAGAAGUCCAACCCUCUAGAGUCUAAAAUCGUGCCUGGUCGGACCCAGUCAUCAUGGGGUGGAGGCGGAAUUGGUAGCGGAACACACCUUCGCGGUCACCACCCUGGCCACCCAUUCAUCCAGGACCCAGCCAUGCCACCUCUGCCUCCGCCAAACACCCUGGCACAACUGGAAGAAGCCUGUCGCAGACUAGAGGAAGUGUCCAAGCCCCCCAAACAGAGGCAUUCAACAGCAGCCAGCAGCCUUCAGAGAGACCGGAGCCAUUCAGCAGCUUCCUUUCCUACUGGAGGCGGCUCUCUAGCCAGCCCUGGACUCCAAGUAGACGAGUCGAAGGAGCUUGUGGUUACCUAUUUCUUCUGUGGUGAGGAGAUUCCUUAUCGCAGCAUGAUGAAAACCCACUGCCUCACCCUGGGACACUUCAAGGAACAACUGAGCAAAAAAGGCAACUACCGGUACUACUUCAAGAAGGCCAGUGAUGAGUUCGAGUGUGGUGCCGUGUUCGAAGAGGUGUGGGAGGAUGCCACCGUGUUGCCUAUGUAUGAGGGCAAGGUCCUGGGCAAGGUGGAGAGGAUGGACUAAUGUGACCAUGGAAAGCUUCAAAACAUGAGCAACAGACUCUGUAAUUAAUAAAAACACUCUGGACUCCUUUUUUAUUUCUUAAUAUUAAGCUAAACAGAGUUAAUAUAUCCAGCACAAGAGGAGCGAUUGAAGGAAGACGAGCCAAUGAAGUAUGCCGAAUCCAGAGGAGGUGCCAUUCCUCCCUGACUUUCUCAACCAAUCAGCCUUAGAAACAAAGGGGGAAUGAAAUGAGACUUUAAAAGAUCAAUUCAUGGAUGAUGAUAAUGGUGAUGAUGAUGAUGAAAGAUCUUGCCUCUUCUUGAAUAUAACCACUGAAGACUGUUUUGUUGUAAUGUGAUGAGAGACUCAAGGUGGUUUUUUGGUGGCUUUUGACCAGAUCGUGACACACCUGAAGGCACCGAAGACACAGUGCCACCAACCUGCUCUUAAUGCUACACUCCGACAUCAUUACAAAAACGUCUGUACGUGUGCAUAUACAUACAUGCAUAUAUGUAUAUAUACAUGUAUUAUAUAUAUAGAUGCUUUUCGUCAUAAGUUGAAAGUUUUAUUAGUAUUUAUUGAAAAGAACCCCCCCUUUCCUUAUUAUUCUUAAACCUGUGUCCCCUCAUCUCCCCAUUUCUAGCCAAUGGGCAAGCUGCUUUGAAUGUUGGGAGAAUACUGUGGUGAUAUUGUUUUUUGUUUUCAUUUUACAGAAAGGACAAGUAACUAGCCUAGCAUCUGCCAUAGCCUUGUAUCCCAGUCUGAAUCAAACUAACAACCUUGACAGUGGUCUUGUCUGAGGCAUACACUCCCUCCCACUCUUCUGAACAGUCAAUCCCAGUCUUAUAUGCUGCUGAUAGAUAGUUUGUAAUGUUAAGUUUAUCACACUAGCCAUUUUCUCUCCCUUGUUCUCUCUUAUAUUCUCUUUCUCUCAGCCCAGCAACAGAGCUCAAUCGUUUUUUGUUGUGCCUUUGUUUUUGUAAACCAGGCAUUGCACAGGGUGGGGGGUGGGUGGGGGGAAUGAAUACAGUUGCAGAUAACACACAGAGAGGAGACCUGUAGCACAAGUUGUACUAUCUAAUAAUGGCAGUGUUUACAGCCCGCACACCAAAAUAACUUGCGCUAACAAGAACCAGUUUGGGUCACUGAGAGCGACUUCUCAAGGAAGUCCGUUAGCAAGUCAGAAACUGAAAAAAAAAAAAAAAACCAAGAAAGUGAAGAUUGAAAUUUUGGCUCUGAUAUCCUAUGAAUGUUGUAACAUCGUAUAUUGCAGAGCUCCUGUAUACAUUGUAAUUAUGCAUUCUGAAAUA